AUGCAAUCAAACACGGAAGCCUUGCUUGAAAAUGAAGGAAUUCUAAAUGUCUUAUGGAUAUACUUUAAUGAUCUUAAAGACAUUUUUUUCGGUGCUAUAUUAGCAAUUUAUCAACUGAUUUCAAUUAUGAUCCGAUCAACGAUAAUGAAAAUCUUAAAAUUCCCAGAAACAAUCGCUGAAGCAUCGGUGCUAGAAUUUAAGCAUAUUUUUAACACAGAACCCAUUCCAGAUGACUUUGACUAUUCAUUCUUGACAGUGUAUGAAACAGUUGGCUUACCAGAGCGAAGAUUCUGUGCUUUUUUACUGUCUUUCGUUAUUGGAGCAGGGACGCACUUGUUGUAUUUACGGUGGCAACAACCAGUUCUACCUCAGCCACCAUACUAUUCAUCAACUAUUAUUGCACUAGUUGUGGAGUUCAUUUGUCCAAAAGUUGGUAAAAAUCGACAAAAAUUCCUACUUUAUCCGAUCGGUUCUGCAACAUUAUUUUGUCUUGCAUAUGGUAUUUUCAAUAAACAAAUGGAUUUCAUAUAUCUCUUUUCAACAGCAGUUGCAAUUGGCUUUACGUAUGUUAAUUUGCAAGCUCUGCUCGGAAACAGCGGUCGUAGAAAUGAUUAUGCAACAGCAUACCAUCAUAUAGCACUUCCGAUAAAUUCAAUGUACAAUGAGCUCAUAUGCAUCCUUCUUUUUGGUAACUACAUACCUAAUCGAGCACUAUACGAAGCUAUUCCUGAUGCAUUGGAAGAACAAUACACGAUAAUGGUCCACUGA